UUCGCUGUCAUCCGAGCUCGCAGCCGUGUGGGCAGGAGCGGGCUAUAUAAGCAGCUGGCCGGACCGCCACGGGGCAGACGGCUACAGCAGCGGCGGCGUGCGCCUCGAAGUGCAGCGGAGCAGCGCCCCCGGAGCCCUUUGCCCCCCGACGGGCCCGCUGCCCGCCCGCCCUCCCAAGGAGCGCCGGCCCGGGCCCGCGAGGGCCGCCGCCACCCCGCAGCAGAUUUGGAUCCCCCGCCCGGUGAGCCCCAGGCUGCUGCCUCCCGGGGGGCCCCGGCGCAGCGGCCUCCCUUGGAGAGCCCCGGCACCCAGCGGCCCGGCCCCGCAGACACCGGCAGCGCCAUGGCGGCCGCCAAGUCUGGCGAGCUGAUGGGCAUCUGCUCCAGCUACCAGGCGGUGAUGCCGCACUUCGUGUGCCUGGCCGACGAGUUCCCGCAGCCCGUGCGGCCCGCCAAGCUGUCCAAGGGCAAGGGCCGGCUGCGGCGGCCGCGCCAGUCUCGCUUCAAGACGCAGCCGGUGACCUUCGACGAGAUCCAGGAGGUGGAGGAGGAGGGAGUGUCCCCCAUGGAGGAGGAGAAGGCCAAGAAGUCGUUUCUGCAGAGCCUGGAGUGCCUGCGCCGCAGCACGCAGAGCCUAUCGCUGCAGAGGGACCAGCUCAGCAGCUGCAAACUGAGGAACAGCCUGGACUCCAGCGACUCCGACUCGGCCCUGUGAGUGGCGCCGCCCAGAGCGAGGCCCGCGCGCCUCCGCGGCCGGCCCGAGGAGCAGCGUGCGACCUGGAAAGGGGGCCGCGUCCUGCUACCUGGGGACUCCGGGACUGUCGCCCCCCGCGCGCCGGGACGCCCGCCUAGCUGUGAACUGGUUGGUGCCUCCAGCGCCGGCUCGCCCCGGCGCUCAGGGGAGGGGGCCGCUUUCUUUGCCCUUGUAAAUGUUUAUUUUUUAACUCUUCCUAAUACGAACUGUAUUGUGAGUGUGUGCGCGGAGGUGCCCGCGCCCAGUCGGCCCCUUGUCCGAUGGUUUGCAACUCCGACUUUGCACACCGCUCCACCGAGCCCCCAGCGCACACCCGUCCACACUCACGCAAACACUCUCUCGCUGAACACUUUUAUAAUUGUUAGGCGCGGCCGAUGGGACUUGGGACGCAGCGGAGCUGCUGCUGCGGCCGGAGGAUUGAUAUUUAUUUUUGCAUUGCGAUGGCUGACGGCGUUUAUUUAACGAUCUUUUUACCCGGAUAUGUCUGUGAGGCUCCCGAACGGAGAAAAAUAAAGCCAAUAUAUUUGCACAGUGCA